AUGAAGCUCAUCCACAUCCUUGCACUAGCUCUAGUCCUCGCCGGCAUCUCCAUCGCCGUGGACCCAGUCUUGUGUGAAGGCUGUGGGCAUCGGACUGGUCACCUGAUUGGAGAGGUUGAAGAAAAAUGCGGUCAGUACGAUAAGAAAGACCCCACUAGUGUAGCUUGCACAUACCUACGCCAGAAGAAGAUCCAGCAAUGCAGCAGGAACGAAUGUGGGCAGGUCUUCCACAUGAACAUCCCAAUCAAGAAGAACGGCGGUACUCCUCUACUAUUCCGGCAGUGCAAACAUCAAUGGUCACAGCCUGCAAGCCGCCCAACAGCUACUACUCGAUCUACUCACAUGUAUAACUUCAUGCCUGGGGCUCCGAGGUCUGGAUGA